AUGGAAGUGUUCUCUGUGAGGCCAUUGUUUUCGUGUGAAGAAUUCCUGGAACAACUGCUGCAUAAUCUCUCGUUCACAAACACGAAAGUUUGUUUCAGGUUGAGAUGCGUUUCAUUCAGCGCAAGAGAAUAGCAGCCAUCACCACACAUCGAAUGGGUUCCUAUUGUGCAAAGGAAUUCAACUCUGACUGAUAUCGUCAAUGAAGCGUUGAACGAAGAGGAUCGAAUCUACACGGAUCAUCCACAAAACGAUUAUCUUUCACGUAAACAACAAAAAUUGGCCAGAAUCGGCAAAAUGUUGAAUGUACGACUUGAGAUUGAUUAUUUCACCGAUUUUUAG